CCUUUCUGCCUACCACCCCAGAUAUUUUUGUGGGAUGAGAGACAAGGGACGGAUCAGAGAUGAUUGCCAAGCCCCAAUGGGAUGGUUGAGAAAUACAGUUCAGGAAUAAAGAGCAACGAGCCAGCUAAGAGCAGGGUUUUAAUCCAUUUAUCCCCCAACACCAUCAUAGGACAGCUAAUAGCCAUAGCCAUAAAUCCACCUGAAGCUGGGACAGUGCCAAGUUGCUGUGCUGUUUUCCUGCACUGCAUUCCUGCACGACUCUGUGUGCACAUGACAGUGAGUGGAGGCUGUACGUGGCCAUGAAUGGACACUAAAAGAGGGACCCUGGAUUGUGGUUACCCCUGCUGAGCACUGUGGGGCAGGCAGGGGGUCUCUGGCAGGGGAAACGUGGCUCUGGGAUGGGACCUUGCCAGGGUACAUGGGGCAAGCAGGGGUACAUCUGGCCAUGGACCAUUGGGGUCUCUGUGUAGGAGAUUAAAUAAACAGGCAGUGGGGCAGGAUGUAGCCGUGUGCCUGGCACAGCAGGGUCGUGUUCCUAGAUGGUGCUGCUUGGGGCCAGGGGACCUGGAAGGUGGCAGGAGAUGGCACCCACUUACUCAGCUCUGCAGGGUGUAGUGGGGAGCAGGGUCCUACUGUAGCAGUUUCUGGGUGCUGGGAAAUCCAGGAAGGCAGGAGCUGGCGUGCACAACUCUUCACCAGUGUGUUGGGAACAGGCUGGGCACUGCCAGGCCAUGCAGAGGGGCUGUCACAGGGCCAGACCCCAAAGUGCUUUCCCUUGUAACUGCACCAGUAAAGCUGGAGCACCUGAGGGGGGGUGCUGGACAUUGGGCUUCAGCCAUGAUGGGUCUCUGGUUGUGCUGGGGGAUUUCACUGUGCCCUGGAGGUGUGGGGGCAUUGGAGGCCACUGUGGCAUCCCACCCUUUAGGGGAAGGGAGCACCAUCUUCACCUUCCCGUGUGAUAGCAACUGUCACAUAAUGUGCCCACAACUGGUUUGAAUACAACCAAGAGCCAAAGAGACAUUAUCGUGGAGUGUUUCAAUGGUGUAAUGGUGGUAAUUGUUGAUGAGAAUGAACUGGAAUCUGAAUGUUUGGGCCAUUAUUGUGUAUUCACUGAUAGGAUUCCAGUUGCUGGAUUUCAAUAUCACCUGGUUUCAGGCCAAAAUUCUCUUGCAAAUCAGCUACCUGAAUUGGAUCAAAUGGGAUAGUUAUUUGUAUGUGGAGAUUUCCCUCUCCUCCCUGAGGUCUGGUAGAUGCAGGGGGAGUUGAAGGAGAUAAAGAAUGAUCUUUUCCCAAUUCUCCUUCAUGGGAAUUGCUGUGUAUGUUUCCAUCCCAUGUGCGUCCGCUAGACUCUUCCUGGAACUUUGAUAUCUCGGUCACCAUAUAUGGCAUCGAUUUGGUGGCAGUUUGUUGACCCUAUCCAUCAUCUGCAUUUCAGUUUUAAGUAAAGGUUAUAAUAUUAUUUCCUCAUCAUCAGAUGAAAAUGUUACUUGUAUUUUUCUGUCAGGGAAACAGACCCGUUUACUGUCUUCCAGCUCCCUCAUUGGAUACAGAAAGUCAGAGUUGUGGAUUGUAUUUCUGCAAAUUGUCCAGAUGCUGUAUCCUGCACAGUUGCCUCCUUUCCCAGAGACUCCACUGACCUGGCCUGGGCCAGGCACCAAUUGGCUUCUGCUUUUCCUUGAUCUCCUCCUGGAGUAAGAACAGCACCUGCUGUAUCACGGUGGGUUCCUGUACUGUACAACCUGCUGGAUCAGAUCAUCCAGGAUGGAGCAGAUCAGCUUAUUCAGCCCUUUCCUACAAGAGGCAUCAAAGGAGCACCCAGGAAGGCAAAGAGAGAGGCAACCCCUGCUUGUAGCACCCUCAGCCAGGUCCUGGCCAGUCUGGUCCCCUGGACAAGCAGGGACACUGCAGGACAACACAGUACUCAUGAAGUGGUGGGGGAAGGGAGGCAGAGCCCAGUCCAAAACUGUCCCAGGUCCCAGAUGCUGGCAUUUUGAACUUCCUUCACAUCCUCUGUGCUCCAUAGCUGAGCCAGCUUUUGGCUUUCGUUAACCAUUACAGCUUGGGUGUAGCAGGAGGGUGGAGGUACCAGGGCUCCUGGGCACUAGAGCACAUGGAAUCCUGAAUGUUAUGGCUGCAACAGGGGUCCUGGGUGGCAGAGCUGUCCCUGCAGUUCCACAACUCCAUGGCACUCCGUGGCUGUAGCUGGGGCACAAGUGCAGACAGGUGGGAAGAGCAGUGAUGUGACCUCCAUUCCCAACCCCUCAUGGCUUGGGCUUAGUGCAUGGCCAGCAUCCACAUUAGGGCAGUCUCCUAACAAGGUUCAGGGCGUCCUCCUGUGGCACUGGCAAUACCUCUUGCCACAUGUGAUCCGGGCUGGACUUUGCCUGAUGGGGCACUGUCCCGAGCACAGUCCUGUCACAGGAUCCAGUACUGCCCCAGGCACAGUCCUGGCACAGGAGCCAGCCAGUCUGGAAGUUGUGGAGGCUGCCAGCAGGGAAGACAGACAGUGCUGUGUGAACCCACUGUUAGCCAUGGAGCAGGAAGAUGCAAUCAGGCAGGAGCUGGGAAGCCUACAUGGCAUCCCCCUCUUCAAGAGCUUCAUUGAGGGCUGGCCACAGGUGAAGGCUUUCCAAGCCCGUCCAGAUGACCUGCUCAUCUCCACCUACCCCAAAUCAGGCACAACAUGGCUGAGUGAGAUCAUGGACAUGAUAUACCAUAAUGGCAAUGUGGAGAAAUGCCGACGGGAUGCUAUCUACAACCGUGUGCCCUUCUUGGAAAUGAAGGUCUCCAAGGGUCCGAGUGGCGUUGAGCAGCUGGAGAAAACCCCAUCCCCGCGGCUGGUAAAGACUCAUCUCCCAGUACAGCUCCUUCCGACCUCCUUCUGGGAGAAGGACUGCAAGAUGGCCAAGAUACACCCUGACCCUGGCACAAAGGCCGAGUUCUUGGAGAACUUCAUGGCUGGCAAAGUGGCCUACGGGUCCUGGUACGACCAUGUGCGCGGAUGGUGGGAAGAGAAACAGGAGAAGAAGAUACUCUACCUCUUCUAUGAGGACAUGAAGAAGGACCCACGGCGGGAAGUGCAGAAGAUCUUGCAGUUCCUGGGCAAGGAGUUGGCAGAGGAAACAGUUGAGAGGAUCCUGCACCACACCUCCUUCCAGGAGAUGAAGAAGAACCCUGCUGCCAACUAUGAGACCAUGCUCCCCACCUUGAUGGAUCACAGCCUGUCCCCCUUCCUCCGGAAAGGGAUCUCUGGAGACUGGAAGAACCACUUCACUGUGGCCCAGAAUGAGCACUUCAACCAGCACUACCAGGAGCACAUGGCAGGUUCUGACCUCCACUUCCAGAUGGAAGUGUGAGAGGCUCAUCUCCCUUCCCAGGAGGACUGUGAUGUUCUCCCAGUGGGGAGGGUGGAUCCAGAUGGAG